AUGGUGAUAAAGCAAGGGCUUUCAUUUACUCUAACUUCGGAUAUAGACUUUAAUUCUGAUGAUGAUGUUUUCAAAGACGAUGUUGUUUAUGAAGAUGAUAAAAUGCAAGAAAAUGAUGUAUCGAAUGCAAAACAUUAUCUUGGAGUUCAGCAAAUUCCGUGUGAUCAGUGUCU